CCUCGCCUUUCGUAUCAUCCCUCCCAGCUACUCCCCCCACACACUCACACACUCACACGACAACAGCGCUCUGUCAUAACUUUUUUCUUCUUCUUUUUUUAGGGAGAAACGCGCAGCAACACCUCCGCUUGCGCGCAUCUACCCUCAUCCGGACACUUACCUAACAACAGUAACAGUAACCAUGGCACCUUCCGACGACCUCAUUGAUUUCGACAUCAUCGAAGCCCAAAAAGAGAACAUCCAGGCAAUCCCCAGCGGUCGUUCUGCAAAGAAGCUGGUCGAAGCCUUUUCUCAUUCGCCUUUGCACAAGCUUUCCACCCCUACACCAACAGACACCAAGAAUGUAAACGACUGCAUCCGAGCCGAAUAUGAGGCCGAGAUCUCAAACAUCUCCGAAUCAGACGAUCCCCUCGACGUCUUUGACCGAUACGUACGAUGGACUCUCGAUGCCUACCCGUCCUCUCAAGCAACGCCUCAGUCGCAGCUACACACCCUUCUAGAGCGCGCGACAAAGGCCUUCAUCAACUCUCCCCAAUACAAGAACGACCCCCGCUACAUCAAGUUAUGGCUGCUCUACAUCCAGCUCUUCGCCGAUGCGCCGCGUGAGACUUUCCUCUUCCUCUCCCGCCACAACAUUGGCGAGGGCCUGGCCCUCUUCUACGAAGAGUACGCGGCGUGGCUGGAGGGCGCCGGCCGCUGGACACAGGCCGAGGAGGUGUACAAGCUCGGCAUCGAGCGAGAAGCCCGGCCCCAACAACGGCUUCUGCGCAAGCUGAAAGCGUUCGAACAGCGACGUGCUCAGCAGACGGACCUUCCCGACGAACCCUCCUCGCCGGCCCUGCCCGCUGUGCGGCCCGUCUUGGCCGCCAAGGUCGACCCCUUCGCCGCAGCGCGGGCGGCGACUGCGGCGACUGCGGCGGCGGACCCCCAAGCGCCGCGGCAGACCAGCGGCGUGGGCGGGCCGGCCUCGAAACCGGGCAAGGCUAAGAUGGCCAUCUUCUCCGAUGCUGACGCCCAGCCUUCCGCCCUCUCGGCGCGCGACGGCGGAUCCAAGGGCUGGGAUACAAUCGACUCGCUGGCGAACCGGAAAAAGGAGAAUGUGAUGGGACCGAAGCCGUGGGUGGGGGAGACGCUGAAGGCUGGGGGGAAGAAGAGCGAUGGCCCCAAGAUGCAGAUAUUCAGGGAUACUUCUCAGUCUCAGUCCCGGUCCGAGUCCCAAUUCCGAGCGCGCUCUCAGGCGCAAUUAGCAAAAUCCCACAUAACAUUGAUUCCAUCGAGUGUCCAAGUCGUGGUGAACCCCGUCAACGGCAAGAAGGAACGUAUUUUUGUCAACCUGGAGGCUGUUUAUCCCGAUCCCGAGGUUCCGGGCUCGGAGCUUAGCUUUGAAGAGAUUUGGGCCAUGAACCAGGGCUGGCUGGACCAGUCGUGGGAGCCCGAGCCCGAGGCGCUUGAGCCAAGCAUCGCAGACCUCGGAGACAUGGUGUCCGAGAAGCUUGUGGUUCACACAGAGACAGUGAUGCUAGACGAGAACGGGAAUAUCAUGAAGAAGAGUAACAAGCCGAGGAAGAUGAAGACCAUGGAGAUCAACGAGACCCAAAUCAUCAAAGCGAACCUUGAUUCUCCUUCUUCCAAGCCGAGACCGAAGAGGAGAAACAAUAACGAACCUACCAUGACGCUUCAUACCAAAGCAGCAACAGACGAGAUAUAUGACAUUUUUAGCCAGCCGUUGCCGCCCGUUCCUGCGGAGGAAGAAGAGAGCGCCGCCGACGAAGACGACGACGACGACGACGACUAUGAUACAGACGGGGACUACACGAGCGGCGUGGACAGCACCAUAACGACGACGCGUCAUGUCGACAUGGACGACGAAGCCGGCAACGAGGAGACGUCCGAUGUGAAGAGUGUCAGCGAAUGGUCCGACUUUUCUACCCGACGACAUGUCCCCGAUAUCAAUGCAAAGAAAGAUGCACACGAGGAACCCAACGACACACAGGUCUCGGACUUGAUAGACGUCCACGACGCGGAGCCCUCCGGACCGCUCUCUGAAGAUACCACGGGGAGCCAGGGGGCUGGAGAGGAAGGGGAGCAAGAAGAGGAGGAUGGGGAUGAAGAAGACGACAUGCAGCCAAAAACCAGGACCAUCUUCGUCCCCAUCCCGCCGGAGGAUUACGAGCCUCGAACACGGCCUUAUAGGGACCCGGCCGAGGUGGCUAAUAAUCGCCUCCCCUUCAUGACACCCAUCACCGAGAGGACAGAGACGUCCCUCGGUAUGUUGACAACGAAGAAAGAAGCCCAAUGUGGUUCCCCAAUCCAGAGAGACGAUGAAUACGGGAUCACAGAGGAGGAGGAGGAGGAGGAAGAGGAAGAAGAAGAAGAAGACGAGCUUUUCGAAUCUGAUCAACUACUCAGCAGUCCAUUGCGAGAGGUGGUCAAUGAGGCUCGUCCCGCAAAGGUUGCACUGCCAAUCUUGGACAAGCUGAAGUCGCGGCCAGCAGCAGCACCCAAGAGUAUUCCUCCGAAAGGACCGAUUAUCAAAGACUUGCAAUGCAAUCCCAUGGAUGAUGCUGUGAGGGACGAGAUCCUCUCGAACAUUCACCCCCCCUUGAGCUCGUACCCCGGGUUCUACGACCACCGACAUGAGAAAUACGAGAAAGGCGCCGAUAUUCGCAGGUUCGCAAAAGCCAUGACCAAAGCGAGAUCUAGUUCAGAUAGGACCAGCAAUUCCGCCCCUGCCCCCGUUAUCGAGUUCCCCGAUGUCCCUACGAGAUACACGGUUCGCAAGGAACUCGGGGCAGGUGCGUUUGCUCCCGUCUAUCUAGUCGAGAACUCGAACCCCGACGGAGACGACGAGGGAGGCGACGAUGGCGGUGUCGUGGCCGUGGCCAUGGGCAAAGGCGCCUUCGCCACCCGUUCCCGCCGUGGCCUGGAGGCCCUCAAGAUGGAGAACCCCCCCAGCCCUUGGGAGUUCCAUAUGCUGCGGGUGGCGCAUUCCCGGCUGGGCCCGCACCACCGCGCCGCCGCCUCCCUGACGUGCGCUCUGGAGCUGCACCUCUACCGGGACGAGUGCUUCCUCCUGCUGCCGCUCCACCCGCACGGCUCCCUCCUGGACGUGGUCAACCUGUUCCGGGCCGAAUCGUCGGGCGUCAUGGAUGAGCAGCUGGCCAUGUUCUUCACCGUGGAGCUCCUGCGCACGGUCGAGGCCCUGCACAGCCACGGCAUCCUGCACGGCGACCUCAAGCCCGACAACUGCCUCGUGCGCCUGGACCUCCUCACAUCGGGCGACGCCCAGCCGCUGGCGUCGCAGUACCGCGCCGACGGCACGGGCGGGUGGGGCGCGCGCGGCGUGCAGCUCAUCGACAUGGGGCGGGCCAUCGACAUGCGCAACUUUAGGCCGGGCGUGCAGUUCGUGGCGGACUGGAAGACGAGCGCGCAGGACUGCGCCGAGAUGCGCGAGGGCCGGCCCUGGACGUGGCAGAUCGACUACCACGGCCUCGCCGGCGUCGUCUACUGCCUCCUCUUCGGCCGCUACAUCGAGACGGUGCGCUGCGACCAGGGCGGGCUCGGCAGGACGGGGCGUCGGUAUCGCGUCCGCGAGAGCCUCAAGAGGUACUGGCAGACGGACCUCUGGGGGGCCUGCUUCGACUUGCUCCUGAACCCGGCGUCGUUGCUCGAGGAGCAGGGCGGGACUAGGGAGAUGCCUGUCGUGGAGGAGAUGAGGAAUGUGCGGAGGCGGAUGGAGACGUGGCUUGAAGCCAACUGCGAGAAGGGUAUUGGGUUGAGGAGUUUGGUAGGCAGGGUCGAGGCCUAUGCCCGGUCAAGGAGGUGAAGAGUAGUAGUAGUAGCGGUCUUUCGUUCGUCUGCUUUAUCUAGAACUGACACCAUUUGUUUCUCUUUUCCUUUGGCUUGCGAGCAUACGAUACCCUCUGAUCGAUUCUUUCUUUGUCCAUUACCACUGAUGACAUUAGUACAGAUAGAUAUUGGUACAGAUUCACACAUCU